UAGUAGGGGUUUACGUCCGAGUUUUGUCGAUUUCGUGAGUUACUUUUCGAGAAGACCUGUAAAAACGGGACACUCUUCAGUGCUCAAAUUAGAGAGAUAGGUGAAAGAAGUGGUAAUUACAGAGCGAUGAUGGGUAGUUGCGCUACCAUUAACUGUCGAUGGGAGAAAUAUUUGUAGUUUCUUUUGAUACUGGUCUGGUCGGUGCGUUUAAUGCAGGUUCAGACGUCUAAGGACCUUAACCAACCAUGGACAAGACUUAUGACCAACAUUAAUUGUUGUGUCAGAAGCUCUUGCUUUUGUGAAUUGUUUUGUGCAUUAAGUUAGUCAUUGUUUGUGCCUCUCCUUAGGCGUCCUACGGCUCAUAGUCUAGCGUCCGUAUGCUUGACGAUACUUCUUGGGCCUAUUUGUUGGACCCGAGCCUUUGUUGGUUGGGUUUACGUUUAGCCCAACCAACAGAAUGUCAUUCCUCCUCCAAAGAUUCAAUUCUAAUCGAUGUAUAGUGAAUUCUAAAGUCUUGAUUUUGACACGUUUAACAAGCAGAAUAGAAAGCAAAAACAAAAUGUAGGACGUGAUAUGAUGUGGUGCCUAUUCACUGUGAUCAUCCUUUUAAUCAUGAGAUGAGAAGUUGGAUUUGUCAUUCACGAGAAUUAACCCCACUACUUUGGAGCAAAAAUGAAUUAGAAAAUAUUUGUUAUUAUUAUUAUUAUUAUUAUUAUUACGGAACCGAAUCACAAAAUCAAUGCAGAAUAUAUACAUAUUUAAUCGUUAAUUACCAUCGAGGGGGGACUAAUUAAUAUCUGUAAGACUGUAACUAAAACUAAUUAUAACUGAGUAACUGAACCCUGCCCCUGGAAGAAUUACCAGAAGGUUAAAAAAAGGGCGUGGGAAACAAAGAAGCAAACUGUAAAUUCGGAAUUCAACGCCAGAUCCGUGAGGAAUCAAACUGUCAAAAACCAGGCUGUCAAAAAAAACAGAUUCCAUCUUUCCCUAUAAAUCUCCCUUCACUUCCGCUGCUCCUUUCCCAUCACCAACACCAAAGAUUCAUUCAGAUUUCAGCCCAAAGCCAAAGCGCAGAAUUCAAACAAAAAAGAAAAAAAAACAAAUACAGAAAGAAUAUUCUCGAUUUUCCUCCCCCAAAUCCCCCAACCUUGAAUGGCCACCGCCAUCACCACCGCCAAAGCUCUCCGCCGCUCCCUCCUCCUCCGCCACACCUCCGCCGUCGUCCGCCACCUCAACUCCUCGCCUUCCUCCCUCUCCGCCGCCCCGCCCCUCUCCCUCGGCCACACCCUCCCCGAACCGGAAUUCACUCCUCCCCAUGCCUCCGCCGCCCUCCUCCAGCUCGACGACCACCGGCAGCUCUUCGGCUCCCUCCCGGCCUCCAAGCUGAUCCACGCCUCCCUCGUCCUCCAGGCCUCGGCCGCCGAGGCCGUCGUCGACCUCGGCACCCGGAUCAUGACCUCGCGCCUCGCGGAGCUCGAGCCGUUCCGCGGGAUCGUCUACGGCGUCGUCCGGCGGACCUUCUACGAGCACUUCUGCGCCGGCGAGACCACCUCCGCCGCCGCGGAGAAGGUCCGGGAGGUGAACGCCGCCGGCCUCCGCGCCAUGCUCGAUUUCGCAGUCGAGUACACCGCCGACAACGACGCCUGCGAUCGGAACCUCGAGGGGUUCCUCGACACCGUCGAUUGCGCCGUCUCCCUCCCCCCGUCCGCGGUGAGCUUCGUGGUGGUCAAAAUCACAGCCAUAACCCCACUCUCCCUCCUCCAACGAAUGAGCGACCUCCUCCGCUGGCAGCAAUCCAACCCAUCCUUCCACCUCCCAUGGCGAAACCAACAAACCUCCAUCCCAAUCUUCUCCAAAUCCACCCCGCUCUACCACACCCAAACCGAACCUCCCCACCUCACCGAGCAAGAACUCCACGACCUCCGCCUCGCCGCCCAACGCCUCCACAGGCUCUGCCUCCGCUGCUCCCAAUCGAACCUCCCGCUCAUGGUCGACGCCGAGGACACCAAGCUCCAGCCGGCAAUCGACCACAUGGCGUACUCCGCCGCGGUCGAGCACAACACGCGCUCGACCCCGGUCGUGUACAACACCAUCCAGGCCUAUCUCAAGGACGCCAAGGAGCGGCUCGUCCUGGCCGCCGCGGCGGCCGACGAGAUGGGCCUGGCGAUGGGGAUCAAGCUCGUCAGGGGGGCCUACAUGUCGAGCGAGCGCCAGAUCGCUUCGAGGCUCGGGUUCGAGUCCCCUGUCCACGACACGAUCGAAUCGACGCACGCGUGCUACGACGAUUGCGCCCGGUUCAUGAUCGACCGGGUCGGUUCGGGUCCAGACGGGUUGGUCCUGGCCACGCACAAUGCCGAGUCCGGGAGGCUGGCCGCGAGGAGGGCGAGAGAGGUCGGAGUCGAGCAGCAGGGCAGGAUCGAGUUCGCGCAGCUGUACGGGAUGGCGGAGUCGCUGUCGUUGGGGCUGAAGAACGCCGGGUUCCGGGUUAGCAAGUACAUGCCGUUCGGGCCGAUUGAUGUGGUGAUGCCGUAUUUGAUUCGGCGGGCGGAGGAGAAUCGUGGGAUGCUGUCGACUUCGGGGCUUGACAGGGAGCUCAUGAGGAGGGAAUUGAAGAGACGAGUGAAAGCUGCGAUUUUCAGCAAUUCCAACGGCCAGGAGUGAAUCCAAAAACAAAGGGGGGAUGAAUCCAAAUCUGUAGAUAGUGUAUGUGUGUUUGUAGUUCUCUCCUUUGCUGUUCUGUUUUAAGAGUGUGUCCUCUGUUUGUUUUGUUAUAUUGUGUAAGGUGCUGUAAUGGUAAGUUAUGCAAUGUAAUGUGAUGGCAAUUGAAGGUAUAAAUGAAAAGGAAGUUGCCAAAUGUUUCCUCCAACCUCUCCCUGUGUCAUCUCAUCAUCAAUGGCUGCUUUUGCACAUAUGAAGGUGGGGGGCAUGGACCCUUGGGUUACAAAGAGAGAAAAAAAAGUUAGGAUAUACAAGUACAACUAUCCCCAAAUUAAGUUGCCCAUCUUCACCCAUUCAUAAAAAAUAAAAUAAAAAAUUUUGAAUUGUGUUGUGGAGUUGUUGCGGCGAAAGACGUUGUUUUUGUCAGCGUGUUUCGAAGUUGUUUAGGCAUAUGAAGGUGGAUGGUGACUCCGAGGUGGUCGUCCAUAGGCAUCGAUUCUUCAAGCGUGCUAUCUUUUAGCUUCUUUCUGAUUGCAUAUAUUUUAGAUAGAUUCUACGAGAAGCAAAUUACACUGCUCGAAAAGUAGUGUGGUUAUUAAAGCUAUGUUGUUACCGUCUCAUUGACAGUUAAGCUUCAUUCGAAACUUUAAGAACCGGCUCAAUUAGUAUGUUGUUUUUGGAGGAUCGAUCCCUCCGUACUUUUCUCUCUUCAUAUAUCCUCAGGGAAAAUACAUCGACAAUGAAAAUUUUUUGUGGAUGAAAAAUGGACUACGUUCCAGCUAAAAUUAGUAUUCGUUAAUUAAAAUAAUUGACUAAAUAAAUGUAUGUUAUUGCUUCUUAAUAUAUGUUUUUUUUAUAUAGAAAUGUGAACGAAAAAAAAAGGUUUUAAUUUCUAGUAUUGGUUAUAUCCUCUCUGUGUUUUAAAUGAUUGUUAUCAUGCCAAUGGAAUGUCGGCCAGUUGAACCUGGUAUAAUCGAUACCGAUCGUGAAAUCAUAUGGAAUACAAGCUAAUUAGUGGUGUUGAUCACUCCAUAACUUUGUGCUAACUAACAUCAUAAUUAAGGUCUCAGGAGAAAAGACAAUUACCCACCCACUAAGCCUUCUAGUACGUCCGGUGGAGGAUGAUGGUUUGUCCCCAUUUGUGGCCCUCACCCCUAACCUAAUUAAAAUGAUUCUUCUCCCUAAAUAGCCAAACAAAACACAUGUGCUCGUCGUUGCAAUUUGCAACCGUAUCUAUGUAACAAGCCAAUUUUAUACAUGGCCAGAUUUAGGGUUUGGUUUGUUUCGGUCUCCCACAUUUAUUGAAACAAUUAAUGAGAUUGAAAAAGCUUUUUAAGCUUGUGAACUCCUUUUGUAUUUCAAUCGUUUUUAAUUUUUCACGUAAUAAAUGAGUUCAUUGUAACCAACAAAAUGAUAUCUACUAUUACAAGAAUAAAAAACAAAAAAACAAAAAAAUUCUCGAACCACCCCUUUACCAAUCCUACUACUUUCAUUUUUAACUCGAAUUUCGAAAAUUGGUUUGCACAGAAGAAACGAGCUUAUUGUUGUCUUCUACCACCCCCUCUGUAAUAGUGGUAGACGGUGAUAAAUAUGUUACUACAAUCAUUAUACAUUUUCAUACCGCCCUGAAAUGCAAUUUAAUGGAUACAAAUAAUGCACGCUCUGGUGCGAGGAUCACUACUAUGGGCAUCGUUGCAACGACCUUGUCUCACAGACUCCUCUCGUAGCUACACCUGCCAACUCAAUGAUCAUGCAAUUGACUUCUUUAGCUAAGGGUAAAUCAUAUAUCUUCUUUAAAAUGGAUUUAACAUAUAGGCAGACAAUGCGAAUAUGGCUCAACGAUCAUGCAGCCACUCGAAUAGCAUCAAUUGAGUUAUCCCCCUACUUGACCCUAGUACACCACCAACACAGGAUUGGACGAAACAUUCUAUAGAUGAGACAUGAAUACAACAUUCAAGCGACUUAAACACGCGGCCUCUCGGAAUUAAUAGAUGUUACAGGG